AUGACAAAGUCUAAGAAAACAGUAAUUAUUGUUGGAGCAGGAAUAUCCGGUUUAUACGCGGCACAUCAACUUCAUAAAGCAGGAUUUCAAGUAAAAGUUCUUGAAGCUAGCAACCGGGUUGGUGGACGGGUUUAUGGCGCUCAACUUACUGAUGGCAAGAGAAUUGAUCUUGGAGGCCAAUGGGUGGGCAAGACUCAAAAGCACAUUUUGGACUUGUUGAACGAACUUGGGUUGGAAACUUAUCCGCAGCAUGCUCAAGGAAAGACUGUCCACUGGAGAUCGAAAACCAUUAGAAAGUUCAAGGCUACGACGACCAUACCCCCUUUGAAUAUCUUUGUUUUGUUGGAUCUUCAUUUUAAUGGAAUUUCUGCGACCGACAAAUUGUGCAAAGGCAUCGACGUCGAUCACCAUCUGAAGUCGAAAAAUGCAGAGUAUCUGGAUUCAAUAACCGUCGGCCAAUGGAUUAGUUCCAAUGUGCAUAGUAAGGCAGUCAGAGAACUUUACGAUUGUGCUAUACGAAUGAUAACAGGUGCUGAAGGAAACGAGAUCUCGAUGUUACAUUACCUGAGUGUAGUCAAGGCUGGAGGAGGUAUCUUAAGACUGUCCGAAACUCGAGAUGGUGCACAAGAGUUCAAGAUUAAAGGUGGAGCAUACCAAGUCCCCGAGAGUCUCCGACGCAAAUUACCCGAAGGGUGUAUCUCCUUUCAACGUCCAGUUACGCGAAUCAAGAACCACAAGGACAAAGUGGAAGUGUAUUCCGGAGAUCACAAGUUUGAUGGUGAUUAUGUGGUUAUGGCCAUUCCCCCCACUGCGCAGGCUACGAUUUCUAUCGAGCCAUUUGUCGGAUUGGCGAGAGCAAAGUUGUGUGAAAAGAUGUUUAUGCCAUCAUAUAUUAAAAUUGCUUUAGUUUAUGAGAAGGCGUGGUGGAGAGAGAAUGGAUUUAGUGGAGAAAUCAUUUGUUUUGAUAAAUCUCCAGACAUUCAAUCUGGAGAAGGCAUAUCUCCUAUUUCAAUGAUUGUCGAUGGUUGUAACGAUGAUGCUUCUCUUACGGCCUUGUUAGUAUUUAUUACUGGGAAACAUGCAAUUGAACACACCAAGCAUCCGUAUGAAAAAACUAAAGCACAAAUUCUUAGUCAAGUGGCUCAAAUAUUCUCAUAUGAUCAAGCUGCUCAUCCCAUUGAGUAUAUCGAAAAGAAUUGGCUGCUAGAUGAAUGGAGUACCGGAGCUCCAUCUGCACUAUGUCCGCCAGGAACGCUUACUUACUAUGGCGAAGCAUUCCGAAAACCGAUUGGACGAAUGCACUUUGCUGGUACCGAGACUGCUGUCCAAGACACAGGAUACAUGUCUGGAGCAGUACAAGCCGCUGAAAGAGUUGUUUCUGAGAUCUUAAAGGCUGAAGGCGUCGAUAAUGACUAA